CGGCCCCGGUGGCGCGUACACGUCUGCUAAAACUUAAAAGUUACAUUGAAGGUCCCAUGUUCAUGGGUGACCCGCUAAAAAAAGACUUUUGGAAAAGCUAAGGGGAAACUCGCCAUCGUAUUUCAAUCCCGACGCUGUGCAGUUGAGUAAGAGACUGAUUCUCUAACUCAGCACGCAACUGUUCCUGAAUAAGUAUCGACGGGAUCACUCGUGUCUGCUCUCCGUUAGUAUUGCUCUUCUCUGCGCAAAUGCAAUUUUGAGAAAUUAUAUAAAUUAAGUCAAAUCAAAACACCAUCGGCACCAGCUAUGCAACCCGGGCGUUUGAAGACCGUCUGCGUCGUUUGAAUCAGAAUACGUAUUCGGAGGAUGGUCCGAUAACUGGGCGACAGAAAGAGAUAAAAAGUAAGAAAUAAAAGCGUAAUAGACAUUUGAAACGCAGGUGCCUCUCACGUCUAGGUGUCCCGCCGAGCGGUGCAGACUCUCCAGCUCAGGCCGGCAGCGCUGACAUGCUGCCCACAUUCGAGACUGAAUCACUGGGACUCACUCGAUCGUAUGGAGAACAAGGGCGCAUGCCAAGGAAUAUGCAAGCCCACCAGUUCAAAAUGAUGGACUACACCUAUGACGAAGACUUGGACGAGAUGUGUCCGGUGUGCGGAGACAAGGUUUCAGGGUAUCACUACGGACUACUGACCUGCGAGAGCUGCAAGGGCUUCUUCAAGCGCACCGUCCAGAACAACAAGCGCUACACAUGUAUAGAGAACCAGAGCUGCCAGAUUGAUAAGACCCAGAGGAAGCGCUGCCCGUACUGCCGCUUCCAAAAGUGCCUCACCGUCGGCAUGAAGCUAGAAGCUGUGCGGGCGGAUCGCAUGCGUGGCGGUCGCAACAAGUUUGGCCCGAUGUACAAACGUGACCGUGCCCUCAAACAGCAAAAGAAGGCGCUGAUCCGAGCCAACGGCCUGAAGAUCGAGGCCAUGACUCAGGUGAUGCAAGCCGUGCCCACCGACCUCACCAUCUCCUCAGCCAUCCAGAACAUCCACUCGGCCGCAUCCAAGGUCCUCCCACUGAGCCACCACCCGGGCCACCACACAGGUCACCACCACCACCACCACCACCACCACCAUCAUGCCACCGCCCUGACCGCCCUGCCUCCUACAGACUACGAUCGAAGUCCAUUUGUCACUUCGCCGGUCAGCAUGGCAAUGCCACCACACGCUGGAAGCCUGCAGGGCUACCAGGCAGCCUAUGGACACUUCCAGGGCAUGCGCACCAUCAAGUCUGAGUACCCAGACCCGUAUACCAGCUCACCGGAGUCUAUCAUGGGCUACGCCUACGUCGAUGCCUACCAGACAGGCUCGCCGCCCAGCUUCCCUCACUUGAUCGUGGAGCUGCUCAAGUGCGAGCCAGAUGAGCCACAGGUUCAGGCCAAGAUCAUGGCCUACCUGCAGCAGGAGCAGGCCAGCCGAGGCAAACACGAGAAGCUCAACACCUUCGGCCUCAUGUGCAAGAUGGCCGACCAGACACUCUUCUCGAUCGUGGAGUGGGCACGCAGCAGCAUCUUCUUCCGUGAACUCAAGGUGGACGACCAGAUGAAGCUGCUGCAGAACUGCUGGAGUGAACUGCUCAUCCUCGACCAUGUUUUCCGGCAGGUGAUGCAUGCCAAGGAGGGCUCCAUCCUAUUGGUCACUGGCCAGCAGGUGGACUAUGCAGUGAUUGCUUCACAGUCGGGAGCCACCCUCAACAACCUGCUGGGCCAUGCCCAGGAGCUAGUGGCCAAGCUACGCUCCCUGCAGAUGGACCAACGGGAGUUUGUCUGCCUCAAGUUCCUGGUACUAUUCAGCCAGGAUGUGAAGAACCUGGAGAACUUCCACCUGGUAGAGAGUGUCCAAGAGCAGGUCAACGCAGCGCUGCUGGACUAUGUCAUGUGUAACUACCCACAGCAAACAGACAAGUUUGGCCAGCUGCUCCUCCGGCUGCCAGAGAUCCGAGCCAUCAGCCUGCAGGCUGAAGAAUACCUUUACUACAAACACCUGAACGGCGACGUGCCCUGCAACAACCUGCUCAUUGAAAUGCUUCAUGCCAAGAGAGCUUAGGAGGGGACCAUGUUGCCCAUAAUGCAGCUGUGCAGACAUCUGAGAGUUUUGCUGCAACCCCAAAACUCUGAAUAACUAAACCUCCCCUCAGACUUGACUGAGAGAUUACCUGGUGGAUGCAGAAAGUGUUAGCAACUCUUGUCUACAUGAAGCUCAUUUUUAUUUUCAAGUUACAACUUGGAGUGCAGAAGUGGACAAACACACAUGCGUAGAGACAGAUUGGGUGCACACACUAACAGCAUAUGGAUCCAUUCAUUAAAACAAUUUAUUCUUUUUUUUAAAGUCUGAAAGAACAGCCACAUAUCCUCAACCACACAGAAAAAGACAAUACUGAAAGGAAAAAAGAAAAAAACACUGCAUUUGCCACGGGAUGGGAUCUAAUCGUCUGUGUGAGCACAGACUAUCAAGACUGGCAGGCUGCAACUUCAAAAAUUAACAACCCUUGAGUGUUUUAGAGCUGGUGACAUUGUUGGAGGCCUUUUUUGCUGAGAAAGGAAACUAAAUAACACAGUCCAUCUUUCAGAUAGCUUUGAGGCUAGAGUGGUGGCUUAUUUUGGUCGACGAUCCUCCAGUGUGCUCUCUUUCUCUCUCUGAAACCGGCUUUUAGCUAUCGUUGGUACUGUGAAGACAAAUGGAGAAGCAGUCAACCAGACCAGGGACUCUUACCUACCUUCACAUCUGUUCUUUGAACUCACAUAUGGUGCCUGCCUUGGCAGCUUGAUCGGAAUUAUAAUAAACGUCUAAAAGAGGAAGAUUCUUAAAUGAACAAAAUGAUAAAUAUGCCAAAAAGAAGAAAAAUUCUACAAUGUUUUCUCUUCUCAUGAAAUGGUAGUCAUUUGCUUCUCAUGGUCACCUUGUGGUUCCCCUUUCUUAUUCCACCACCCAAAAACAUCUUAAACAAAGUACCUCAGAAAGACCAGUGUUAAAUAAAUGUAAUUAAUAAUGUGAGCUGAAACAAUUGUAUUUAUAGCCCUUUUCCUGCAAAAAAAGAAGUAAAAAAACUCCUGUGUUAUUAUUUCAUUACAACUGGAACAAACAAAGUGUGAAUCUGGAGACGGAGAAGGAUUGAUCCUGCCUUUGUCCGGAAAGACCAAAGCUUGCUGCAGAACAGAAGAAGGAAAUUACAAAAAUCUUAAUAAUCAGUAUUAUAAGACAAAAAAAAUAGAUUUUUGAUUUCACAGUUCUGUGAGUCUUGCCUUAUUUCAUUACCAUGCUAGAUAACUGUGCUGAUGUGAAUGAAAAUAUGUACAAAUAUAUAUAUAAAGUAUUAAUGUUGUAAAAAUAAAAAAGAAUAAUUCAACAGGUGUUUACAUUAAUAUGGUUGAAUGGGAGAGAACUGUGAUGAAGCAUAAAUUGCAAAGCAAUGAUUUCCUAAAAAAUGAAAACAACGAAAAGAAAAAAAAAUCCCUCUGGUUUGCUUUCUUUGGUGUGUGUACAGUGUUUUAUUUGUUAUUUGUUUUGAGCAGUACUUAAAUUAUGUCGUGAGACACUAAAAUCAAAAAGGAAUCACACUUAAAAUAUUAAUUUCUAUCUGUCUGCUGUCAUUCAAACAUUUGUUUCUUAAACAUUGCUGUAAAGGGAUUCAGUUUCACUUUCAAUCUUUUUGUAGACUUCUUUUUUUAUUUACAGUGCUUUGACCUUUUUAUGUACAGUAUGUCACUGGUUACGCUUAAUAAUGAAAAUAAUUUAUUGCGUCUCUGAGUUUGCAUCUUUGUGUUACAUGACGUGAGGUGUCCGCGCCAGAAUAAAUUUGUUUACUGUA